AUGGGAUCAACGGGUACAUCGCAGGGAGAUAGUCAUUUCUCCUUUGCAAAGAUCGCUGCUAUGCCCGCGCGCAAUAGUUCCCAAUCCCCCUCCAUGCCCAAUAUGAGUGGUAAUCAGCCAGGACCUUUACCGAAUUAUCCGCCAUCACUCGAAGCCAGGGCAUCUUUGCCUGAUUCCCAUCCUUUGAACACAAUUCAGCCAGAGAGCCAUCUAGGCGAUCCUCUUGUUGAUUCUCUUGGAAGAACAAUGCAGGAUAUUGAUAUCAACCUCAACAAAGACCGUGCAGAGUCAACAUCCUCAUUUGAUGGCCAAGAAAGUGGACUGCUUAAACGAGAUACCUAUUUCGAUGAUGAUCGCACCCACCUUUCUAGUUCAUCCACAAAAAUGACCAACUUCGACUCCAAAAGCUUGGCCUCAGUCACGACUUUUGCUAUGGACGAGAAAGACUCUGUCCGACCUGAUGACAGUGCUAGUGUGCAAGCUAUUGAUGAAGAAGAAUCUCUCUCCGGGCAUGCAUCUGGAGCACCCAACUCUGUCACAGGCUCUGAGGCUGGGGCUCGUGCUUUCCGAGACAACUUCCGAGAUGGCAAUAUUCCACGGCCGCGUGGGAUUCUCCCAGUGCCUGGGCCCCCUUUCACUAGUGGGAACCAACGAGGGGCUGUCGUGAUCCCUCCAGACUCGGUAGCCAAUAAUUUUGUGGUUCAUGUCGAUCCUGGCACUUUGCAAGACAACCCAAACCUCAAUACAUUCCCUCUUGAACCCGAUACGAAAUUGCUGGAGGCAAUGAAAUCUCCGAAGGAUCGGCUCUUGAUACUUCAGUUGGAGGAGAAAAUACGCUCUUUUAUCAGAGAUGACAGUGACGAUUCACUAGAACUUCCGCCAUCAAAUGCAUUUGGACGGCUUCUUGCACAUAAAUUGGGUGAUUACUACCACCUCACACACUUUGUGGACAACAAUGUAACAUCAGUUCGACUUCAUCGGACGCCCUUUUGCCGUCUUCCUACACCUUUGUCUGAAGUACACGCUGCUACUAACACGACUCCACCGCUGACUCUUCCUGCUAUGAAGAUCAUGCGCCGAACAGACGGCGAACGUCCUUCCACAGAAGGCAGCGUGGCUGCAAGCUCAUCUGUCCCAUCAAAAGCUCCCUCCGAAGUUGGCGACGGUCAAGAUUCAGGCUCCUCGGCGGGUACCCCAGCCAAGGAUCGCUUAGCGUUGACCAGGGAGGAACGCGAGGCCAAAUACGCCCAGGCUCGUGAGCGGAUUUUCCGCGACUUUCCCGACGCCGCCAAAUCGGAUCCAGCUAGUGGCGAUUCGAAUGCCAACAUGUCACGCUCUAGCUCCACGACCGGACGCAAGAAGAACAAUCGACAACGUACCCCCCACGACGAUGGGUUCGAAGCUCGGUCUCAGUUCAAUGCCUACUAUCCUGGAGUGCCAUACAACAAUAGCCCAGCCCAAUAUCCUGGAGCCAAUGGACCUUCUGUUGGGGAAGGAUACAAUAGCCAGGUACCUUACCUGGUUGGACCAGGCGUGGCACCACCAACUAAUGGCUAUGUGCCUUCAGGUGGGAACAAUGCGAUGUAUCCUGGAGGAAAUAUGCCUAUGAACAACGUGCCGCAGUAUCAGAUGGCUAUGUCACCGCAGAUGCCUAACAAUGGGCCGGCGUGGCAGGGGGGAAAUAUGCCGCAGCAAUCACCAUACUCUGGGUAUGCGUCAAUCAAUCAGCAGCCUGGAAUGAUAGGUCAACAACCAUCCACCAAAUCUUCUCCAGCUAUGAACAACUUUGCCAUCCCCCAGUCUGGUCCAUAUCCUCAAACUCCCGGUUGGAGUCCGCAGGGUUAUCCAGCAAACUAUCAACAGGCUCCUCCGCCUCAGCCUCAGCGUAGUCAGCAACCUCCAGCUCAUUGGCCAAACUAUCCCCCUCCUUCUCAGCCUAUGGCUCCCAACAUGGCAUCCUAUCCCUACGCUCAAUAUCCAGGGCAGCAUUUGAAUCCUGGACUUCAAGCUCCCAAUGGACCUAACAUGGCUGAUCUCACUUCAACCCCCCAGACUCGCUCAUUUGUCCCCGGAACUGCCGCACCCCGUCAUCCAAUGAAGGGUAUGCAGCAUCCACUGCCACCAUACAACAAUAUGGCACCCACGGCUCAGGGUCAAUGGUCUGGCUAUGGAGAUCCUGCAUUUAACAGGAACCUGAACCACAGUAACCCAGACCACAGUAACCCAGCACGUCCUCCUCAUCCAAACACUCGCGAUUCAAUCGCCAAAUGGGGCACACCCUCUCACCUCCCACCAAAACCUCCUCCGUCUGAAGUGCCCUCUGAGUUUGACGUGAAGCACCGCGCAGGAUCCAAUACGAUGCCCACCACGCCAUACACCAACGGCAUUGUCGGAGCCAAGAAUGGGCCACUUGUGGUUUCUGGUGGUAAUACCGAAUCAAAAACAAACUAA